AUGGUGUCAGGGUGCCGGCUUGCCCUGGCCCUGGCCGUCGUCGCCUGCGUCAUGCCCGCUGCCUCCUCCUCCUCCUCCUCCUCCUCUGCCUCUAAAGUGCUUGAUCUCUCUCCAGACAACAUAACUUCCACGUCACAGCAGUACAAGUACAUGAUGCUCGAAUUCUACGCACCAUGGUGUGGACAUUGUCAGGCCCUCGAGCCAGAGUACAGUCAAGCCGCAGAAGAAAUCAGCGCAGAAAGCAGCCAGGUCGUUCUUGCCAGGCUGGACGUCACUCAGUAUCCCAGCGUGCAGGAAGAGUAUGGUGUCAAGUCGUUCCCGACGCUCAAGUGGUUCGAGGACGGCAAGCUGACCAGCUUGCAGCCCAACGAGCGACAGGCGGGCAAGAUCGUGGAGUGGUGCAGGAGGCACACGACCAUGUCCUCUGACGUCGACACUGUCGAGGGCUUGAAGGCUCGCAUUGACAGCAUGACACGGUUCCUCGCUGUGGGAUUUUUUGACAACACUGAGGAUAAGCUGUAUCAUGCCUUCCAAGACGUUGAAUCGAGACUGAAGGGAAAAGACUUCGAGAUGGUCAACAACCCGCAGGUGGCGCAGGCGAUGGGCGUGAAGAUGCCUGCGGUGAGGUUUUACACCAAAGUGGAGGAAGACAACUCGAUCAGCGAGACUGGGCGAGAGAUCCUCUACUCCGGCUCCCCCGAUCCGAACGAGCUUGCAAGGGAGGUCAUCAAGCUCUCGAAUCCUGUCAUCCUCAAGCUUGGAGACGAGAACGAAGAGGAUUUCUACCUGGACGACACGGUGCCCAAGGUCUUGAUCUUCCGAGCUUCACCUCAGGACCUGGAGGAGUUCCGGGCCGCUGCGAUGGCAAGAGACGCCGCAAACUUCCUGCUGGGGGGUGACGGGAUGGAGCAGGAGAUGCGCGACAGGUUCAACUUCGUUGAGAUAGUCAAUGAGACCAACAAGAGGAUCAGCAACUGGGCAGGACUGCAGACCGGAGAGGAGAGCUGGGUGUACGUGAUUCGAAUCGACAAGAGCAAGAGGUACCGGCUCGAGGAAGGCAAAUUGAACAAGGUUUACGACAACUGGAACGCGACUGUGGUCAAGAAGAUUGUCGGCAAGCAGUUUCGCGAGUUUGUCGAGCAGGAUCGUCAUGUUGUGAUCGAGUUCUUCGCUCCUUGGUGCAGACAUUGUAGGGCGCUCGAACCGAAAUACAAGUUGGCAGCGAAGUACUUUGAGACGAGAUUCCCUGGCGAGUUUGUUUUCGGUCAAAUUGAUGGUAGCAAGAAUGAAGUUCCAGGGAGUCAGCUGUCGCAACGUCACUUGACUACAGUGGGGCCGUACUACUCCCUCCUCUCUCCCUUCGACUCUGAGCAGAUGCUUGGAAUCGCUGAGUCUCAUGCUAUUCGAGCACUAGAGAAGGUUCGGUACAAGAUCCCGUUCCUCCCCUCGUCGUUUGGCCUGGAGCUCGAGCCUCCGCUCCAUCGGCUCCGUAUCGGAUACAUGAUGGCAGACUUUCGGCACCAUGUGACUGCUCAUCUGCUGCAGACUGUCUUCCAACGACAUGAUGAGGAGCGCUUCGAAAUCUUCUGCUACGCCCUGAACAAGGUGAGGCAGCUGGAGGGAUCGCUGAAGCCCGCGGUGAAGGAGCUGGAGGAGGCGGCGGCUAGGCUAGAGGCCUUGGCUCGACGAUGA